CGGCGCUUCGCCCUGGUCUAUCGUGUAUACCGCAACAACAGCAAAAAGAGUGCUACAAUUGUGAGAAGUGAGGAUUACAGUCGCUGAGGGCGUGCUGGGAAACGCCCAGCCGGCCAGAUCUGGGGUGAACGAUUUCGGUUUUUCCCGCUCCAGUUGCCCUGUCUGAAAACUUUCUUCGCUCUCCUUCCAUCCGACGGGUCCAUUUCUCUCUGGGAACACUCUCCACGCCGAUUUUGGUGCCGGUAACUCAAGUUGUCCCUUCCAACAAGUGCGGAGUUUAGCGCACACUGGUAAACCUUUCGGAAGCAUUACCCGCGGCACCAACAAAUUCCAAAUUCCUCCUGUUCACGUAGUUGUCAGCAAUGCAGCGCAGACAAAAUUCCGCAUGUGACCAGUGCCGCCUGAGGAAAAUCCGAUGUGCACAGGUUUCAGGGGACUCUAAGUGUCAGCAUUGCAUUAACAAGAACUAUCCCUGCACACACAAUGCACAACAGGAGACCGAGAGAAAAAGAGGCUUGAAUACAGGACGUCGGUACAAUCGGAUCAUGCAGAGUGCCCACCCCGCUUCUCCCCCGAGAGGCAUCUCAUCCUCCGCCACCCUAACACCGGGGGGUGCCGUUUCAGGUCCCUCGAGCGCCCAAGGGUCAACAGGAAUGUCUUAUUACGGGCCAAUAUUCAACCCUAGUGCAGACGUUGGUUCACCUGUUGGAUCUCAUUCUCACCCCACCCCAACAUCACCUUGGCCCGCUUCAUCCCCAAUGUAUUAUCAGCACCACAGCGUGGCUGAGCCGAAACGGUCGUCUACAGGCCCGCAGCAAUAUUUGCCUUCGCAACCAACGACGGAUUCAGGUCCACAAAUUGGGACAUCGGAAAAUGCUCGCCGAUAUUAUCAUCGCCAAUUACAGCAUGAUUAUCCGUAUCCUGGGCUUCCGCCAUCACCAACCGCCCCAAUUCAUGACUUGCUUGAGUAUUUGUUCUCUCCAGAUCUCUCAAACCCCCAUGAGUCGUAUGACUACUACAGCGACGUGGACUCGGACGACGGCAGGCGCAAGCUGAAAGAGCCUGAUUUUAGAGUUGAGUUCGCCACCGAAUUACUUGAAGUUUUUUUUCAAGUCUAUCACCCUCGCUCGCCUGUCGUCAACCCUUCCCGCUUCCGAGCUCAGUUUAGAGACGCCCUAUUUCCUUCCAGCACAGGUCUGGGUACCGGUUCAAGAUCAGGAAUCUUACCGAACAAGCUCAAACCCAUUCACAGACCUCUGUUGGCAACUCUGUUGGCUUGGGGUUCUAAAUUUUCCGAUCACAACUUGCUCGUUCUUGAUCGCCAUCGACAGUCACACCGUACACCUCAUGCGCUGUCCACUCGAGCCGAUCCUACCGCUGUUGCCGACUCUUCCGCAAGCACGACUCCAAGGGGAACCAGCAUCAUUUCACGACUCUUAGUAGAUCGGGCUAGAGAGGUUGCUGAACAACAGAAGGUUUUUCGAAUUGCCACACCUGAGAAUGUUAUUGUUUGUGUACUCUUGGAGCCACUGCAGCCUCUUCAGAGCUACCCACCGCGGGAUCCAGAUGGUAUUAAAUGUUUAUGGCUCAAUGCCGCUAUUCGUCACUUGAUGGAGAUGAAAGUCAAUCGCAAUCCAUCCAAGAGCCUGAUUGUAAAUGACGAUGACGUGGAAUGGGGAACAAUGGUAUUUUGCUGGUGGGUUGUGUGUCUCGUGGAUGCACUCUGUUGCAGUUACUUCAAGAAGAAGCCUGUACUUAUGGAUCAAGAUUACGAUUUGGAAGCUUUGCAAAUGGUUUCGGCUAUAGGCUCCAGAAAUAUUCCAUCGUCCAGCAAGAACUCUCCUGCUUCUGAUCCUAAUAUACAAGCGAGGUUUACGAGCUGGCAUUCUGCUCUUCAUGAUCUCUCAGUGGUAUCGCGACACAUGGCCCGGACCCUUUGGAUACCAUCAACGGAGACAGAUGGCAUCCCUUACGCUACUUUGCUGCAGAUAGUCACUGGCCUACGCCAAUGGAGAGAUGAACAUUUAGGGAAAUUAGGCGCCACAAACGACCUCCAAAAUCAUUCCGACUAUGUGACAGCCGUUGGUGCCUGUUCGAUUGACUGCUCCUAUAAUGUCCUUUGGAUCAUUUUGUCCCAGGCCAUAGAGGAUUUUGGUAUCAAAGAAGUAAAAAGCGCCUACCGUGUAGCAGCGUCGGGGGCGGUUUCUAUGACACCACUGACAGGCAGUCACGACCCGACUACCAGCAAUGUUACACCGCCAUCUGGUCAAGCUGCACAUGCAGGAUUCAGUACUGCUGCUGAUGCAUCCGUGCCGAAAGGUGUGCCACAAGAUGCAGCAGUCAUGGUUGACCUCGAGCGCUCAGUUGCGAACGACGCCUUUAAUGGUGCUACUCGUAUCGCUGGAUUAGCCGGUGUUCUGACUUCAAACGGUUACAUGCGCCUUGACCCGAAUGCGAUGCAUUGGCCCAUCUACUCGGCGGGUAGGUUACUCGCGAAGUUGGGGCGACAGGAAGUGUUCAAUUGCAUCGAUGGACUUGAUCAAAACGGCUUUGCAUAUGAAGAGUCUUGGAAACACGCGCGAGAGCUUGAACACACUUACUCAGUCGCUAUAUCCUCCGGUCGAACUUCACGGGACGCCAAUGACUUGAUGCACAGAUAUGAGGCUGACCUAUUGGAGGAAGUCCUUUCCCAAGCUGAACGUUCACGUCAGUCUCUCUCGGGUCAAACCACAAGUGAUUUACCUCAUGACCCCAAUGUACCGCUUCAUUCUCGUGCCCACAUCAAUCCAAAUGGUCGACGAUCUUCCUACGGACCAAAUGGUCAUCCAGAUUACGACCGACAAGCACGCAACCCUCCUGAACGUCGUAGACAUACAGUUUACGAGACCUUCGCAGCCAACCACACACCUGCCUCGCCUCUGGCCUUUGACAACAAUUCCGAGCUCGAACAUGAUCCCACACCUGAAGCCCCAAAGGAAGGCUCACGUACCCCUCCUACAGACCCUUAUAGCGAAGCCGAAGGAGAAGCAACGGGUGGAACGCAACCGUACCCAGGUAAAGACGAGGAAGCGGAUAUGGAUGACGAAGACGCCAGAGCUGAAAGUCUAAGGAGGAAAUAUGUAAUGGAUGGAAGCUUUAUCGCGCCACCGAAGCAGCCAGUCCCUGAUUCUAGAUAGGGAUAUACUGCCAACUACCAACACACUGACGUCCACUGCCGCUAGAAUCGAUCUACCGUUGUGCAUCUUGGAGCAUUCCUUCUCAGAUAGGCCACCUAAAAUACCCUGGAUCCUCGCGAAGCCAUCCACUCUGUGCGCAUCUGUCGAUUAUACUGUUCCUACCUGCUGCUGUUACCGCUCUUCUCUCUGCCCCUAUCUUCGGCCUUGUCUUUUUUCUAGCAUGGUUCAUAGCACGAUCUAUUGUGACUUGCCCGCUAAUCCCAUCCCCCGAAUUGUCUCUGUUUGGUUCAUUGAAUAGGACUCAACAUCGAGUUGAAGAACGCCAAGCUUACUAUAGCAUUUCAACGUAUCGAUCCUCGACCGGUGAGAGUUUGUUUUUACACCCUAAGGUGUCAUUUCAUUUGGGUCACUGGUACACGUACAAAUUUCGGAAAUACAAGGGAAAGAACGAAGACGAAAGUGCAAAAUAGAAGUGCG